UUACAAAGAAUUUGAAAGAAAUGGUGAAAUAUCUAGUUGAAAAGGGCGUUUCUGUGAAUGAGAUCAACAAAAAUGGAGAGACACCUCUUUUUCUUCUCAUUAGAAAUGAAUACAUUUCUGAUGAAUUUGAGACAACUGUAAGAUUCCUGCUAGAUAGUGGUGCCGAUCCAAAUAUACAGCUGAAACACAACAACCCGCUUGUAGCGGCAUUGCAAAUUAACUCUGUAAAUGUUGCUGCUCUACUUCUAGAGUAUGGCGCGAAAGUAAAUGAAAUUGAAGACGGCCCAACAGCAUUGCAUGUGUUAUUCAAAAAUUACCAUGGGAGUAUUAAAGAUAUAAAAGAUUACGUACAAUAUACGUCGGAUAAUGGAAAUGUAAACAUGGUAAAUGCUCAAGACUCUGACGGGGAAACUGCACUAAACCCAGAACUUAAUAGUCCCCACACGGUAAAUCAAAAAAUCAAGAUGGAAAAUAUUAUUCAGAAGAUUCUUGACUGCGGGGCUGACAUUAAUGCAUUAGAUGAUUAUGGCCAUUCCCCUUUAUCCAUUGUUUGUAACGGAAAAAGUGGUGACCCUGCCGGAAGAGCGCGUAUUGGAAUCCAUUUAAUGUCGAAGGGAGCAGAUCCGGACAAAGAUUGUGCGUUGCAUCAGGCCAUACUGAACAUAAAUUAUAACAAACCAAACGCUGAAUGGAGCGAAUUUAUACUAAAAAUGAUGGAUAUUGGAGCUAAUCCAAUUACUUACAAAGACAAAAAACCGAUCUUGUUAUCAGCAAUAGAGUCCGGAUGUCCAGAAGUAGUGAAAGGGUUAUUAGAUAAAGGAGUUGAUAUUCACGCAACUGAUAAUAAUGGAAACACGUGUUUGCAUUUAGCCUGCGAUUUAAAAAAAGACACUGAGAGAAAGAUGAUAGCUACACUUUUGCUGAAUCACGGGUGCAGUGUUAACAAAUUAAAUACAUAUGGGACAUUUCCUCUUUCAAAUCUCAUAAAAAGGAUCACAAAAGAAAGAAAUUCGAAGAAAAUUGUUCAGAUGGAGACAAGAACAUAUGCAGAAAUUGACCUCUCAUUGUUUAAUUUGUUAAUUUGUGGGGGAUCGUUUUUUGGUACAAAAAUGAAAACAUUGCUCUGCAGUAGCGAAGAAUCAAUAUUGGCCAAUUUAACAAAACAUGGAUACUUAAAAGCAGCAGGAGCACUAAUAAAAUGUGGAUAUGACUUCCAAAAUGAUGAGAAUUUCAGGAAGUGUAACCUAGAACAGCCUGAGAGUUCAUUUAUCUUUAAGAAAAGAUGGUAUAACAGAGUUUGCUACGAAAAUGAUAAGAGGGAGUUCUUAAAACUUCUCGAGAUAUUUCAAGACGUAGAUUUUUCCUUGUCGUCUUUAUGUAAAGAUGUCAUACGAAAUCAUUUGAUCAAUGUUGGCCAAGGAUCUGAAAUUGAAUCAAAAAUAAUGCGGCUCCCUCUUCCAGACCGAAUUAAGACGUUUCUGUCUUUGAGAGAACACAUGGAAGAAGUGGAAACAAUACAAAUAGAAAAAGAAGAAAGCAUGUCUGCGUACUUUAACACGCCUGAAGACUCUGAAGACGAUGUUUAUUAUGAUGAAUAUUAUGAUUCGGAUUACUUAGAUAUGUACAUGUAUGACGAUGAUUCAGAUUCGUAUGGUGACGAUUUUGACUAUGACCUUUACGCUGGUUACCGUUAUGAAUCUGGCCUUGAUUCUUUUUAAGAUCUAUAGGAAGGUAAAAAAAAAACAAAUGGGAGUGGAAGUUUUGCUUUCAUUAUUGUUUGUGAAUGAUAAUGAAGUCCCACAUGCCAUUCAGGUGCACGGAGGAAAAAGCAUGCAAUCUAUAAUUUUCUUAAACUUUAGUAUGUGUGUUUACUAUUGUUUCAAAAUUUAAAUGCCUAUUUCCUGUUUUGACAAACACGCAGUUAAAAAAAAUUGAAAAAUUAAUAGAACUAAUUUGGAAACUUAACUACAUAUAAAU